AUGGCCGACGAAGACAAGAUAAUGGAGGUCUACAAGAAGAUCGAGCGCGAGAAGUCGCUGAUCCAGGCCGCAAACCUCAUGCGACAGCAAACAAACAACGACACCGUCCGCUCCAAGCUCGACACCCAGAUGCGCGAGGGCAAGAGGAAUCUCGAGUUCUUCGAGGAGAAGCUUAAGGAGCUUCAGCUUCGUCGUGGCAUGCAGAGCAUGGAUAUGGGCUCCGGUGGCUCGAGCUCUCGGCCUCACGGUACGCGCGCCGACUCAGAUGCGCCUCCUACGCCUCCGCCCAAGGAUGCAUCCGGAAAUGCAACCUCUGGCGGCGAGACUCAGUUCAGUCAAAUCGGUGGCCACAACGACUUGAUGCCUCCCCGCCAUCCAUUUGCACCACCCGGCCCAGGAUCCGGGGGUCCCAAACCUCGCCCCAACUUCACCAAGCUUGACCUGAUUAAAUAUGAUACCCCAUAUCUGGGACCCCGCAUCCAGCUCAUGCUCUCUCAGAUCCAGUUCAAGCUGAAUGUUGAGGAGCAGUACCUGAAGGGCGUUGAGAAAAUGGUGCAACUGUACCAAAUGGAAGGCGACAAGAAGAGCCGUGCCGAUGCCGCAGCCAGAAAGGUGGAGAGCAAGCAAAAGAUAACUCUUCUGAAGCAAGCUCUCAAGCGGUAUGAAGAGUUGCAUAUCGACACUGACAGUGCCGAAAACUCGGAUGAUGAUAGUAUCAACAUGCCGAAUCUGCGGAAACCGUUAUCUGGUCAACUCACUAUCAGGGUCGUUGCAGUGAAGGAUGUCGACCAUGCCCCGACUGGCCGUUUCAGCCGAACCCCCGAUACCUUUGUCGCUGUCAAAGUUGAGGACGCCGUUGUUGCACGAACCAGGGCCACGCGCAACGACCGAUGGGAGGCCGAAUAUCACAACAUCGAGGUGGAUAAGGCUAAUGAGAUUGAACUGACGGUUUACGACAAGCCCGGCGAGCACGCUCUCCCUAUAGGCUUGCUAUGGGUUCGCAUUUCUGACAUUGCAGAAGAGCUGCGUCGGAAGAGGAUUGAGGCGGAGAUCAACAACUCGGGUUGGGUGUCGGCUGAUAGGAUGGCCAAUCCCAAGACUGCUCCUGCCCAGUUCCCAAUGAAUCCACAGCAACCACAGCCUCAAUUUGGGCCUCCCCCAACGUCACCAGGAUAUCAAAGCGCCCAGGCCACUUAUCCGCCGCCUCAGGCUCCAACGCAAUCAGUGUCCCAGCCUAUCGAGGGGUGGUUCAACUUGGAGCCCACCGGCCAGAUCCUGUUGAACUUCAACUUUAUCAAGCAGACCAGCAACACGCACAAGUUCGACGUUGGCCUUGGUCGAAAAGGUGCCGUUCGUCAGCGCAAGGAGGAGAUCCACGAGAUGUAUGGGCACAAGUUUGUGUCACGGCAAUUCUACAACAUCAUGCGUUGCGCCUUCUGUGCCGACUUCCUCAAGUACUCGGCCGGUAUGCAGUGCGAGGACUGCAAGUACACUUGCCACACGAAAUGUUACACUAAUGUUGUCACCAAGUGCAUCAGCAAGUCGAACGCCGAGACCGACCCCGAGGAAGAGAAGAUCAACCACAGAAUUCCCCACAGAUUCCAAGAAUGCGCCCUUACUGCCCACGCCCAGUGCGUGCAUCUGGUUCCUGACUUCUGUGGCAUGUCCAUGACAACUGCAAACCAAAUUCUUGAGGGCAUGAGGACCCAGAAACAACGGCAGUCUCAGAGACCAUCUAUGAGUGAGAGGACACUGCGGUCGGGCACGACAAGCCCCGGAGCUUCCCAGGCCUCAACCCUUUACGACCGCACGAGCGGGGGCUCCUUUAGUACGGUGUCCCCCGAAGCUGCAGAGGCUGCCAGAAGAACUUAUGGCCAGCCUUCACCGGACCGCCCAGGAAACAGUCGUAUGUCAAGCUCCACCGACGCCGCGGCUGCAGCGACGUUGGCUAUGAGCGGGGCCGUCGGAACUCAGUCGCCGAGGCCACAGCAAGGCGGGCAGCAAGACUACAUGGCUCGCCAGGAUAGCUACGGACAGCCACAACCGGGGCAAGAAGACCCAUACGCCAAUCAGCAUCCUGGAAGUCCUACGCAGGGCCGGAGAUAUAAUCCAGCUGAUUAUGCUAAUGUCAACCAAUACCCUCAACAGCCUCCAGUGCAGCAGUCCCGACCACCCGUCCAAGCCCAGCCACAGCAGCCUUAUCAGCAGCCGAUCGCUGCACCGAAACCGCAGCCAGAGCCCAUUGCCCCUUCGCCAACGUCCUCAACCGUCUCGGCUCCGGUGAAGAAGCCUCUGCCAUCCGCUACUGAUCCAGGGACCGGGAUGCGGAUUGGUUUGGACCACUUCAACUUCCUUGCGGUGCUUGGAAAGGGUAACUUUGGAAAGGUCAUGCUGGCGGAGACCAAGAGGUCAAGGAAACUCUACGCCAUCAAGGUGCUCAAGAAGGAAUUCAUUAUUGAAAACGACGAAGUGGAAAGCAUUCGGUCCGAGAAGAGGGUCUUCCUGAUUGCCAAUCGCGAACGACAUCCUUUCCUGACCAACCUCCACGCCUGUUUCCAGACAGAGACGAGAGUCUAUUUCGUGAUGGAGUACAUUAGCGGUGGUGACUUGAUGCUUCAUAUCCAGCGUGGACAAUUCGGAACGAAGCGUGCUCAAUUUUACGCUGCUGAGGUUUGCUUGGCUCUCAAAUACUUCCAUGAAAAUGGCGUCGUUUAUCGAGAUCUGAAGCUUGACAACAUCCUCCUCACUCUUGACGGUCACAUCAAGAUUGCCGACUACGGUCUCUGCAAGGAAGAUAUGUGGUUCGGUUCCACGACAAGCACGUUCUGUGGUACCCCCGAGUUCAUGGCACCCGAGAUUCUGUUGGAUAAGAAAUACGGACGCGCUGUGGACUGGUGGGCCUUUGGUGUUCUUAUUUACCAAAUGCUUCUGCAACAGUCUCCAUUCCGAGGUGAAGACGAAGACGAGAUUUAUGACGCUAUCCUGGCGGACGAGCCACUCUACCCUAUUCACAUGCCUAGGGAUUCCGUGUCGAUUCUGCAGAAAUUGCUCAUUCGUGAACCUGACCAGCGGUUGGGAAGCGGUCCCACUGACGCGCAGGAGGUCAUGAGCCAGCCGUUCUUCCGGAACAUCAAUUGGGACGACAUCUACCACAAGCGGGUCGCGCCUCCUUUCUUGCCUCAAAUCAAGAGCGCAACUGACACCAGCAACUUCGAUUCUGAGUUCACAAGUGUUACUCCAGUCCUCACACCAGUCCAAUCAGUGUUGUCACAAGCUAUGCAAGAGGAGUUCCGUGGUUUCUCUUACACCGCGGACUUCGAGUAG